UCAAUUUAUCUCAUUUUUAGUCAUUUCAAAAUUCCCCAAUAAACUACCACCCCAAAAAAAAAAAAUUCUAAAAAUAAAAGAAUUGAUUGCAUUAAUUGGUUUUCUUCCUACCCAUUUGAUGAUUUGGGAAGAGGGCUAUAAGCCUUUAAUCAAAUGCCCAAUUAUAAUACAGCUCAACUGCUUAUUAUUCGUAUACCCGGAGAUGGCAGUUGUUUAUUUCGGGCUGUCGUCCAUGGCUCCUUUCUCAUAAGAGGGAAGCCAACUCCUAGUGAGAGCCUUCAAAAGAAACUUGCUCAUGAACUUCGAGACAAGGUUGUUGAUGAACUGAUCAAGAGACGUGAAGAUACUGAAUGGUGUCUGGAGGAUGAAUUCGACAGAUAUAUCUGUCAGAUGAGACAAUGCCAUGUUUGGGGAGGAGAACCUGAGCUUCUCAUGGCCUCACAUGUGCUAAAGAUGCCCAUCACAGUUUACAUGCUCGUCAAGAAAUCCAGUAGCUUUAUAACUAUAGCUGAAUACGGACAGGAAUAUGGUAGGGAGAACCCAAUUCGUGUUCUUUAUCAUGGUUACGGUCAUUAUGAUGCUCUGGAAAGUAAUAUGUGAACCGCAAUGCAAUCGUUUUGUAGCUUUUUCAGGGAUCUAUAAAGACAAGAUGGAUAUGCUGUUGUAUUUGCUGGAACUAGCUUACGAAGUUGCAUCUGCUACCUAAUAUGUUAUAGAAGUCUGAUCUUACCUGAGAUGAUUGAAUUUCUUAUAAUCUGCUUGAUAGUUUGUACUAUGAAAGUGGAAUGUGUAUAUGAUGCCAGACAACAUUCUUAAAAUGGUUGGCCUGGAGAUCAGAAGCAGCAUUCUUGUUAAUAUUUUUUUGGUCUGUGUGCUAUGGCUACUACUUUAUGCAUACUGUCACAACUAGAACAACAUGUUUGGUAGAUGGUAAGAAAUGGCGGUAAUGAUAACAAAUUCAUAUGUAAGUUUUGUAUAGUAAGUCUUGCGUCAAUUUCUAUGUCCACGGGAAUGCUUGUCCACCUCCAAACUUGUGCUUCUUUUUCAGAAAGUUC